AUGUUGUCCAAAUCAGCCAGAGCUGCUUCCAAGAAGCGACGGGGAGAGAGGAACCUCAGGUCCAACAUCUCAGAUCUCUUCCUCAGUGGCUCGAUAUCAGCUGCCAGGGCUAGGGGCAUCUUCCAGGAUGCUGCAGAUGCCCAGGCCAGGCAUGUUAACGACCUGGUUGUCUCGGAGGACAAAAACAUCCAUCGCAACCUUCUCAGGAAGCUGGUACGAGGUUCUGCCUGGCCGAAACCCUAUAUUGCAGACAUAACAAUGUACGACCCCCACACUCACAAUGUCUGCAAAAAACCCAUUGCAGUUUAUCUCCCUCAUGAGAUCCACUGGUGCUUGCUGAGAUGGAACGGAAGCCCCGAGGCCCGACAGCGAUUGCUGGAUUGGCAGAGUUUGAGGCGGGAUGUUCGUGAGAGGGUUGCCUCCUCAGUGGAGGCCUUAACUCUCGAUCCAGAGGCUUUGGUGGCCUGGGGGCUUUGGUGUGACGGUGUUCCUGUCAGAUAUGACCGGAGUGAGAGUUUGGAGUGCUUCAGCCUCAACCCUUUGAUCAACGAGACAUUUGUGCAAACCUUCAGACUGCCCCUGACAUGCAUCUACAAGAGUUUUUGCUGCAAGGAUGGCAGGACUGUGGACGAUUUGAUGGCUAUUUUUGCUCACAGUUUUCAUUGCAUGCGAGAAGGAAUCUUUCCAGAGGUGGAUUUCCAGGGGCAACCUUUUAAGUCAUCGUGGCGCCGGAAGAUGGCUGGGAGGCCUUUGCUGGCACAGGGGAUCCUUGCAGAGGUCCGUGGGGACUGGGCGAUGUACAAGCAGGAAAUCCGGUCAUGCUCGUCUUCAGCACCCUGGAGAGAUCACCCUUGGUCCUUUUUGGAACUCCAAGAGCACAUGCUGGACAAGUCUGGUGCAGUGAGUCCCAUCAUGGCUGCCCCAGGCAUAAGUUUGGCCACCUUCGAGGUGGACUGGCUCCACUCGUGCGACUUGGGGGUCGCAGCCGAUUUUCUGGGCAAUUGCUGUUUUCUCGUUUCGAAACACAUGCCAGGCUCCUCGGAGGAGCAGCGAGUGGCCAGCCUCUGGCGAGAUAUCAAGCAGUGGUACACCGAGAACCAGACGCCCAACCAGUUUAACACCAUAACCAAGCUCAUGAUCCGAAAGGAAGCCAGGAAGAGCCCCAAACUUAGAGGCAAAGCUGCCGAGAUCAGAUACCUGAUUCCCUGGUCUGUGGACAUCACUGAGCGACUUUUUUCUGGUUAUCCACCCUCCUCGGAGGAGGGCACCUGCCGGCUAGCAGCCAAGCAGAUCCAGAUCUGCUACUCCCAGUUAUCGACCGAAAACUUCGACCCCAAGGUUUUGGCAGACAGUUGCAAGAGUUUUUUGCUAUUGUACACUGCACUGGAAGACCUUUGUUUACUUGAGCAUCGCUGGAGAUACAAACCCAAAUUUCAUUUGUGGCAACACAUGUGUGAAAGCACCCAGUCUGCUCCGAGUCUGUAUUGGACGUAUGAUGAUGAGGACUGGGGCGGGAGCCUGGGGAGGAUGUCUGUGCGAAGAGGAGGCAAGCAUGUGGCUUUGGGCUUGUCGAAGACAGUGCUCACAAAGUUUGCUGCACAGAACAAGGUACCUUCGCUGGCAGACCUGGCCUUGCGAGAAAAAUCAACAGCACCCUUUUGCGAGCAUUUUGCAUGUUGCUUGUGCAAGGGUGCAUGA